AUGAACGGGUGCGUCAAUUUGUUGGAGAAGAAGCAUGCGUUCGUCAGUAUGAAAUUAUGGGAACUAGAUGGCUCACGAAAAGAAAAUGAGUCGUUGUGCGCCGCCGCACUGCUUUUAUCUGUUAGGCUUGCCUGUCCCCUUCUAAUCCCCAGUAGAAUGAAUUCCUAA